UUCGAAGAACGUCGGAAUUUGAAUACUAGUGUUGUGACUUGUAUAUAAAAGUGAAUAUCAAUCCACUCAUGGUUUGUCAAGAGGUGAAUCUUUCCUUUUUACAAGCACUCGACACAGGAAUAUGACUUUGGCCGUCGAUCUUCUUAACCCUUCUGUUGAACACGAAAAGCGUUCUCACAAGCUCAAGAGACUUGUUCAGUCUCCCAACUCCUACUUUAUGGAUGUCAAGUGUCCUGGUUGCUUGAACAUUAGCACCGUCUUCAGCCAUGCUCAAACUGUUGUCUUAUGUUCAUCUUGCGGUACUGUUUUAUGCCAACCCACUGGUGGUCGUGCCCGUUUGACUGAAGGUUGUUCUUUCCGCAGAAAGGCCAACUAAAGAAAAAGAAAAUAAAGGACGAAUA